GUCAUUGAUUUACCCCUCCCGCUCCAGUCUUGAUUUAUAAGUCGAGAAUCGCCCUCUCCUCCCCACUACUCUCAACACCCAAACCUGACACCUGUCAAAAUACUGCUACCACAAUGCCUCAACCGAAUAAAGCCAUCAUUUUCAGCAAAAUCCCCAAUGGGGCGCCUGUCCCGGGUACUGAUCUCACCGUGGAACAACGGGAGAUUGACCUCGACCAGCAGCUGCCUCCGGACAGCGUCCUCACCAAGAACCUUUACGCCAGUCUGGAUCCCUACAUGCGCGGUCGGAUGCGUGACCCCAGCAUCAAGAGCUACAGCCCGCCUUACCAGGUUGGCGAGCCGAUCACCGCCUACAGCAUCGGACAAGUGAUCCGAUCGGAGAACCCCAAAUACAAAAAGGGUGAUAUUAUCUGGUGUAUCCUCAAGAUCGAGGAGUACAGUGUUGUCACCAAGGAGCAGCUGGCAUGGCCCCAGACCGAGAAGAUCGAUGUGAAGCCUGGACUGUCGCUGUCGCAUUACGCCGGAAUCCUUGGAAUGACGGGUCUGACGGCUUAUUCCAGUCUGUAUGAGAUCGGGCAGCCCAAGAAGGGCGAGACCAUCUUCAUCUCCUCUGCUGCCGGCGCGGUGGGACAGGUGGUCGGCCAGUUGGCGAAACAUGAGGGAUUGAAGGUGAUUGGCAGCGUUGGUGAUGACGAUAAGCUGCGGUAUAUCACUGAGGAGCUGGGCUUCGACGCGGGGUUCAAUUAUAAGACAGAGAAGCCCGGCGACGCCCUGGCGCGACUAGCACCGAACGGAAUCGACAUUUACUACGAGAAUGUUGGUGGCGAGCAUCUGGAAGCGGCCCUCACUGCCAUGAACACCUUCGGCAGGAUUAUCGCUUGCGGCAUGGUAUCGCAGUACAACUUGAAACCAAACGAGCUAUAUGGAGUCAAGACCCUGAUGAACGUGGUCGGAAAGAGAAUCAGGAUGCAGGGAUUCAUCGUCGGAGACGAGAAUAUGGGCCCGAAGUAUGCGAAGGAGAGAAACGAGCGGGUGUCUGCGUGGCUACUCGACGGCAGUAUCAAGACGAAGGAAGACAUCACCACUGGAAUUGAGAACGGACCCGAAGCCCUAGUCUCGAUGCUUCGUGGCGGGAACCGCGGAAAGGCUAUCCUGAAAAUCGCUGACCCUGAGUGAACUACACAAAACGAGGGAGUAUCU